UUCUUUUAAAAAAAAAAAGAAAAAAAACAACCACCGAAAAUCAGGCGGCUUGAAAAUUUUCUAAAGAUUAAAACAGCAUCUUUCACUAGUUUGAGAUAGCUUGUCACACCAACAAGUGAAGAAACAAAGAAAGUGAAUAGAGAUGAAGAUCUCGAAAUAGUAAAAAAAAAAUGAGUGUUUCUCUUACAGUGAUGACCUUGAAUCUUCUGGAUGAUGAAGCAGAAGACAGCCCAAAUUCAUGGACUAAAAGAAGGGAUUUGUGUGUCAGUGUCAUCACCAGUUAUUCCCCUAUCAUUCUCUGUACCCAACAAGGAUUAAUCUCACAGUUGGAGGAUCUUCGACAGUCUUUGCCAGGUUACGAUCAUUUUGGAGUUUCAAGGAAAGGAUCUGAAGACACUUCUGAUGAACAUUGCACUAUUUUAUAUGACAAGGAAAAGGUGGAGCUUAUAGAAGGUGGAACUUUUUGGCUGUCAGAGUCCCCGUCAGUACCUGGAAGCAUGUCAUGGGGAUGUGAAGUUCCUAGUGUUGCAACCUGGGCGACAUUCCAGCUAAAAGGAGUUGAGGUGCCAGGUUUUGCUUUUCAAAUUGUAAAUACAAACAUGGAUAAGUUGAGUCCCCGUGCUCGCAGGCGAAGUGCUUUGCUUACUUGGCAACACAUUGCAUCACUACCACCUACCUUGCCUGUUGUUUAUUGUGGAGGAUUUAACACGCACAAGGAAUCGACGACAGGACGUUUUCUUCUUGGAAGAUCAAGUGAGCAUGGUGUUGUGGGUGAUAUGAGAGAUGCAUGGCCCAGUGCUCGGGUAAGGAAGAAUGUUCGUCUCAUACACACAUAUCAUGGGUUUAAAGGUACCAAACAAGGAGCUCUUGAGUUGGUGAAACUGAUUUUCAGAGCAUUUUGCCUCUGCUGGGAUCGCCAAACUCAGGACUUGCAUGUGGAUUGGAUUCUUUUUAGAGGCAGAGUUCUGAUUCCAGUCUCAUCAGAAGUGGUAAGUGAUAACAUUGAUGGGUAUUAUCCAUCUUCCCACUAUCCUUUAUUUGCAGAAUUUUUGCUACCGCGUAGUGUGAGGUUGCGUGAGACCCCUGCUCAAGAUGGGAGCUGAAGCGCCCCUGGAAACCCAUAUAUUUCCAUCUUCAAUCUGUUUUUUGCACAUAUCUAUCAUUGUUUUGAGGAUAUAAUACAUAUUACGACAUUUACAUUUCCACAGAGAGAAUAACAAAUUUCAUGUUCAAGAAAGUGUUUACAACGGGGGAUACUGUAGUUUCUUUACGGCA